UACCGCCGAUCCCACCUCCGCUGCCCCCGAUCUCCGCCGCCUGCCGAGAUGGACGAUAGCUGCGCGGUGUGCGCCGACGCGCUUGAAUGGGUGGCCUACGGGCCAUGCGGCCACCGCGAGGUCUGCUCAACCUGCGUCGUCCGCCUCCGCUUCGUCCUCCAGGACACCCUCUGCUGCAUCUGCAAGACGGAUUGCCCCUCCGUAUUCGUCACCAAGGCAAUGGGAGAUUACACCAGGGUGAUCUCCGAUUUCUCUGUUUUGCCCACUGGGGCAGUUGAAGGAAAGGUGGGGGAGUACUGGUACCAUGAGGAUACAAAGGCAUACUGUGAUGAUGCUGAUCAGUAUAAUAUGAUAAGGGCCAUGUGCCGGCUUUCUUGUAGUGUAUGUGACAAUGCUGAGGAUCAGAUUGGUCAGGGACCGCAAGCAAAGCGCAGAAGCAGGUUCAGGAGCAUUGAUCAGCUUAAAGGACAUUUGUUCCAUCAGCACAGGUUAUAUAUGUGCAAUCUUUGCUUGGAGGGGAGAAAGGUAUUCAUCUGUGAGCAGAAGCUUUAUACAAGGGCACAGUUAGCUCAGCAUACAAAAACAGGUGACUCCGAGGUGGAUGGCUCUGAUGAGGUUGAACGCGCAGGUUUUACAGGACACCCAAGUUGUGAGUUUUGCAGAAAUGCGUUGUAUGGAGAUAAUGAGCUUUACACACAUAUGUUGAGAGAACACUAUUCGUGCCACAUAUGUCAAAAGCUGCAUCCUACACGGUAUGAUUACUUCCGGAACUACGAUGAUUUAGAGAUGCAUUUUCGUAAAGAUCAUUUCCUCUGUGAAGAUGAGGCAUGUCUGGCGAAGAAGUUCAUUGUCUUCCAGAGUGACACAGAGAUCAAGAGGCAUAAUGCUAUGGAGCAUGGUGGGCGAAUGUCUCGUUCUCAGAGAAAUGCUGCACUUCAGAUACCUACCAGUUUUAUAUACCAAAGAAAUGAGCAAGAUCAAAGGCGUGGCAGGGGUAGGGGUCGUAAUGCUUACCAUGGCAGACCUGACAGGGAUUUCUCAUUGUCUGUGCGGGAUGGCAGUACAACUGCAGACCAUGGCCUUGGAAGUCGAGUUGAUAGUAUUGCAGGGCCUUUGCAGUCAUUAAGUGUCAGUUCUAGUUCGGGGCGGACAGAAACUAGCCAAAGCUCAGCGAAUGGCCGUGUGCUUGAACAGUUGUCUUUUCCUCCUCUUCAAGACCAGGAUAUUCCUGAUGCUAGGAUGGACGCUUUUCCUGAUGAAACCUCGUUUCCUGCCCUUUCAGAGCAGCAAUCAAGGUAUGCGCUGGCUCUUAAUCAGAGCUCAAGGGGUUCCGCCAGGCUUGGUGAUGAAUCGUUAUUCCCUCCUUUGCCUGGGUCAAGUAACAAAGGUUCUGCUUCGACACAACAGGGGCUGCAAAGUCUUGCUAAGAACACACUUGCAUCAAGGCUUCAACAACGUAGUAAGGGCACUGUGAAGGUACUCAAUUCUGCUCGGCCUCGAACAGCUGAGAAUCCCGAAAUAGUACCUAAUGCUUCAAGUUCCACCCAGACCUGGCCUACACCUGAUCAGGGGCUAGUCCUCUCUGGUUCUCAAGUUCGGAUUGGAACUCAAUCAAUAAGAGAAAAUGGGGUCAUGCCACCUGCGUCCAGCGGCUCAGCAUGGAAUUCCGGAGGUCCAAACAAGAUGAAGCACUCUGUCUCUACUCCUAAUUUUGUUUCUGGUGGGCCCUCUGUCCAGCCAUCAUCAAGUACAGCUUAUGGCAAUAAAAACCAACUGCCACAACAAAGCAGCCAAACUUUGCCUGUUGUGGAGGAUGUUCGGCAAGCCAAUAAAUCCCUGGUUGAAAGAAUGCGUGCUGCUUUAGGAAUGGAUGAGGAUAGGUUCUCUGCGUUUAAAGAAAUUGCUAGUGAAUACCGUCAAGGCGUCAUUGAUACCUCAGAGUAUCUCUCGUAUGUGGAGCAAUUUGGUAUAUCACAUCUUGUUCCUGAAAUGGCUAGGUUGCUGCCUGACCCUCGGAAGCAGAAAGAACUUGCUGAUGCUUACUACACCAAUAUGCGCUUUAAAAGCUUCCAAGAAAAUGCCAGUGGUGAAACCAUUAUUACCUUGAAAGAGAACAAGCGUAAAAAUAAGGGGAAGGGAAAAACUCCUGAUACAGAAACAGUUCCUGCUAAGGAUGUAAGUGAAUUGCUAGCUGAUAGCUUUAUGGACACUGUAAGGAAGCUUCAGUCAGACAAGAUGGCUCAGGAAGGUGAGGCUGCGGUACUUUCAAAGGACGAUUAUCGAUCUUCCAAGGGAAGGAUCCCACUAGCUGGGGGGUCAUCAUCUGGUAAUAUGAGUCUAGACGGUGAUCCUGGUGCCAUUUCAAAGGUGUCUGGAGCCAGCAGAGAUGUGAGCAUGGGAGGAGGGAGCAGCAGCAGCAACAACAGUAAACAAUCGAAGAAGACGUCAAAGUUUCUCAGAGCUCGAUUAGGUGAUAAUUCUCUGGCUACGCUUGAUUUUAGUCGUCCUGAUAUGAGCCCCGAGCGACCAGAAAGGGAGUCACAAGGCCAACACACUGGUGUGCCUGUGCGAGGUGUUUGGAAGAAUGGUGCAGCACAGAAGCUGUUUUCUAGCAAUGGAAGGAAGUAAGUUAUUUUUGUGCAGAUGCUGUUUGAUGCAAGCUGGUUGACGGAGAAGUGCACAUUUUGUGAUCUGUGGUUAACUGCUUUGAGAAAACGUCUUCUGCGUAGAAGACCGUGGUGGUUGAAUUGAGUUCCGUUUUGUAAUGGUUUCUGCUGGUUCAAAACCUAGAAAGUAAGGAUGAAACUUGAAAUAGUCACUGCACAAUGCCAUGUUUGUGGUUAGUUAUACCUUGGUCGAAGCCAUUGGUAGGCGGUAUAUUACAUGAACUCUGCCAAUGAUUUUGUGACUUGCGUAACUUUGAUUUCACUUUCUUUUCAGGCUGCUUGACUUUUGUAGGCAGGUUCCUGUAUAUUUACUGUAUGUGGCAAGAAACUGCCACGUGACUCUGGAUUCAUACAAGCUCCAAAUGCAAUGCCUAUUUUAUUUUUCAUUUACUAAAUAA